GCCCAAGUGGAGCAACAGGUUCAUGCUGUGGUAGAUGAAGACCAUCUUUAUGAUCAUGGUCGUGUGCAUGAUGUGCCUCCCCAAGGAUUGCAUUCCACUACCAAGAAUCCUAUGCUACAAGCACUGCAACGCCACGCCCGAAGGAAACCCGACGUUCCUGCAGUCAGAGCGAGUCUUGCUUUGGCACUCUACAAUGAGGACGAGCUUGGGUUGAUCGAUGAAUUGCUGUUCAGUUUGGGUCACCCUUACGGCGAGAACAAUGGUGAUGGGGCUGCUUCUACGAGUAGUGCUACAACUGGAGAGGAUUCACGGUCCCGACCAUCCGGAACUGACGUAGUGGAUUUGGCCAAUGAUCAUGAAAGGGAUUAUACCAACAUCGAAGAUGCAGCUUUUAGUGCAGGUGAGGAUAUGCGCGUUGCACAGCGGUAUAGAACUGGUUCUAGUACUAGUGCUAGAAAUAGUACCUCUAGUACUGCAACUACUACUGGUAGUGGUACUGCUGCUCGUCUCGACUUUCAGAAGAGUCAUCCUCCUAGUUCUCUUCAGCUGGUGACGAAAGAACAUGGAAAAAUCAAGAAGCAUAAGAAGGACCUUGACCAGAGAGACGGUACAACUUUGAAGAAGAAGAACAAGCAAAGCAUAAUUCCAGAGAGCUCAACAUCUUCUGGCUCCAUUUUGGACUCCACUAGACUGGGAAAGGGUGUCGCAGCUGCUGUCCGAGACGCUUUUGCCAACGAAUUGCACGUUUGUAGACCCGCUGUUCGAGUGACCAAGGUCGUCGUUUUGCCUCCAGAAAUUCUGAACCCAAGUGUUUCGUCACCGGCGAUCCUAGAGGAUUCCACUACUGCAGGUGAUAAUGUUCUGCCAACGUCGGCGACUACUAGAAGUAGUUCGGAGGUAAGAACGUACCAUGCAGCUCCUGGUUCUCCAGACUCUAUCUCUGCGCCAUCUGCUUCAACAGGAACCGCUAUGCAGCCUUCGUCCAUCCCUACUAAUCCUGAAGACAAC